UGUGUAUAAUUCAUAGGGGGUAUAGACCAACUUAUCGCAAACCAACAUUCAGGCCAUCAGUUGGAAAUGUGUGCGGCGGAGCGACGGUACGGAAAUCUGGAACUUUAUUAAGGGGGAGUUUUUAUAUUUCAGUGUUCUUUUUGAUUUGAGUGCAUGCAUCCAGCACGUGGAGACACAAUAAAUCAACGUCGGCUAUAGCAAAAGAAAAUCAAACCUUUUCAAUUUGAAAAAACAGCGAGAGAGAUUUUGCAGAGUUUGGAAGAAAACAAAAACAUGACGACAGUGGAUGCGCGAAGCUUACCAGGGGAGCCCCCGUAUACCUACGCUCCUGCCAGCUCGAUUGCGACGUUGCACGCCCAACACAGUCUCCACGGCGUGCCCCAUCUACUGUGCCGGUUGGACCGAGAUCGCGGAGAGGACAAGCCCCCGUUCGGGGGCCUGCUCGCCCCUUCCCCGCUCUACCACACCGUCUUCAGGCCCCAGGCCUUCCGGGUGCCCAUGUCGGGAGCAGGGUCCCUCCAGCAACCCCGCCAACAGCAGCAACAGCAACAGCAUCAUCAUCAUCAACCGCAGCAACAACAGCAACAGCAAGCCAACAAUCACCAUCCACAGAAUCACCACCACCAGCACCAUCACCACCAUCACCAGGCACACCAGCAGCAGCCGGCCGUAGUCCAACCGGCCGGUUCCACCACCUCUUUCCUGGUCAAAGACAUUCUCUCGCACAGAACUCCCAUCCACAAACCCAUCCCCAAGCACCCGGCCUCCUGCACCACGUGCAACUGUCUCCGCCAGACCCAGCAGCAGCAGCAACAGCAGCAGCAACAUCAUCAUCAGCGGAACGGUAGCGCUGAGGGCCGGGGCGAUGGCAGCCCCUCGCCCGCCGCCGGUGCUGGCGUGGUGGCCGCAUGCGAACACGGUUUCGGACUCAAAUUCGGCGUGAACGCGAUUCUCUCGGCCGAAGCAUGCUCGUCGCAGGGUGCGCCUACCAUGUGCACAACAUCCGUGAGUGGCGCCUUGAGCGGAGGCUACAAACACCUGGGCGCGUCCCUGGCUCACCUCACCAGACCGCUGUACGGAACCGGUGUGCACUCCUCCAUGGCAGGGCGGAACCCGUUUUUACCAGUCACUCCAUCCUCGGUCAUCCCCGUGCCCGGGACCUUCCCUUGGCCGGGGGCCGCGCGCGGCAAGCCCCGCCGAGGCAUGCUGCGGCGCGCGGUGUUCUCGGACGCCCAGCGGAAGGGACUGGAAAAGAAGUUCCAACAGCAGAAGUACAUCAGCAAACCCGACCGGAAGAAGCUGGCCGCCAAGCUGGGACUCAAAGACUCGCAGGUGAAAAUCUGGUUUCAGAACCGGCGCAUGAAGUGGCGUAACUCCAAGGAGCGAGAGCUGCUGUCCUCGGGCGGCUCGCGGGAGUCCACCCUGCCCAACAAGUCCAACCCCAACCCGGACCUGAGCGACGUGGCCGAGGAGAAGUCCAGCCCGGAAACCCAGCAUCCUCACGACCACCAUCACCACCACCACCACCAACAUGAACACCAGCACCAUGGCCUGGGCCAGGCCGACCAGGGCUCUGACCUAGACGGAGAGAUACUCGACUCGCCGGCCAGCAGCCCCUGCUCCACGGGCGAGACGGCCGACGACGACGGGCGCAGGAGCCCCGCCGCGGCCGGUCGGGACGGCGAGUACGAGGACGACGAAGAAGACGAGGAGGAGGAGAGGGACAUUGACGUCAUGUGAUGUCAUCGGGGUCAAAGGUCAUCACUGACAUUUUGGCGGGAAAAAAGAGGACAUUUCCACAUGGGGAUGGACUGUUAGGUCAAACUGGGUGGCAACGUGUGCAUGUUUACACUUUGGUGUGCAUGGAAUGUGGUUUAUGCCUCUCACAGGUGACGUCAUGGAAUUUGAGUGACGUCACAAUUGAGAUUCGAUGUCUUGUGAAUUUCAGACCUAAAAAGUAAAAAAAAAAAAAAAAAAGCAAUAGGUGCUGCAAACUGCUCAAUGCUUGCUUAAUCUUAACUUUAUGCAUAAUAUUAAAAAAAAGUAAGCAAUAUUUUGCUGGGCUAGAAAUAGGCCCUUUAACACCAAACCUCGCUUAGCGCACUGCGCAUGCGCAUUUGGCAAAACACGAUUUUAAAAAUAUGAGUACACAAAUUCUACGACAGCAACAAGCUCUAGUUUUCUUUUUUUCUUUUUAAACUUAUACGCGCGUGCUUCGGCGAUGCAAUCUAAAGAUGCAUGUACGGAGUCCGAGUUUUCAUGGGACAUCGGAUAUCUUAUGACGUCACUGGGUUACCACGACGCCAUCAUGACGUCACCGUUGUGGCGUGGUAAACAGUUUGACCUUUCUAAUCACACAAAAGCAAUACCAACACUUUGUAUAUACUCUGAUUUGUUUUAUAUAUCAACAAUAAUAUCGACGGAUAAACGAAUGUAAAAAUUAACUUAUUUUCCUAUUCUGUGCGUGAUUAAAAAAAAUCGAAGCAUUUUGAUUUGUCUCUGUUAUAAAGAACGAUUAUUGAUCCUUUGUCUAACAAGGCGCUCCAUAGUGAGUUCUUAUUUUUAAGGCCUCCUAAGUCAGUGAGUAAAUGUGUUAGUUGGUAACAUUAUUAUAUUGUCGAUACUUCUCAGUGUAGGAUGUGUAGGCUACCAGGUGCAAUCUUGAUACAUUUAUGUAAAUAACUUUGGCACAUAGCUAUUAUCGUUUUUUUGGUUUUUUUUGUUUUUUAGUUACAAAGUGUUUUAAAAAUGCUCAUAUUUUGUUUAUACGUCGUUUCGGUUUGCAAUGUCGUGACUAAGUUCACGAUGUCUUGAAAAAAUAAGUAUCUUCUUGAUAUCCUUCCGGGGCCACCGUAGAAUCGCAUUUUUUUUUCAAAAGAAAGAAAAUAAAUACUUCAGCUGCUUUUUUUUAGUUUUAUGGGGACAUGCAAACAAAUUUAAUUGCAGCAUAUUUUGUUCGCUGGUUCCCAAGUAACACAUUCACACAGACGCGAUAGUUUCUUCAAUAACAGGUCCCAAGCAUUAACUGGUUCCCACUCUUAGAGCUUGCUUCGUUUGUCCUGAUAAUUAAGAAAUGAUGAAAUACCAUGAAUAAAAUAAUUAUUAAUGACAGUUUUUUAAUAACAUUAAGAUGUGUUUGUUCAUGUUAAUCAUUAAUCUCGCAUAAAAAAAUGCAAAUUCUUGUCAUUUCUUUGCAAUAGAUUUGUUUUGUUUUAUAUUAUAGCAGCUUGUUUUAUUUGUUGAUUAAAUCUCCAACGAACUACAUAAAUGGUCACACGAACGAUAUUUUAUGGCUUGAAGCACAUCUUUAAAAAAGUAGUAAUUUUGUGAAAAGAUUCCCCAAUUUUCGAUUAAAAAGAAGGAAAAAUUAAAGAUAUAUGAUACAAGAA